GGAUUCUGGCGGCGGAAGCGGCGUUGGGGAGGGGCGGCCCAGAGACCAGGAAGGAACCCCGACAUCGCAAGGACAAUAGGCGCCCAGACCUUGAAAUCUACAAACCUGGCCUCUCCCGGCUGCGUAACAAGCACGUCUUAGAAAAGCAGGAGCCUUCCGGGUCUGAAGAAGCCAAGGACAGAGUGGCUGAAGACAGGGGCCCUUCUGCCACUCCCAGCAAAGAGGCAUCCCACAAAUCUCAAGGCCCAAAAGGAGGAAGCAAGCAGGAUUCAAACAGCCCUUCGGAACAGGGCAUUGGGAUGGGACCCCCUCAAGACCACACGAAUGCCCCUGAGGACUCGUGUCCAAAUAUUGUCAGGCGAGUCAAGAAACCUGACCAGCAGAUCUACCAGCCUGGGAAACGCCUGCAAAGCUUGCCCAAGGAGGCCGCCGUCAGCCACUCUGCUACCAAGGAACCUUCCAUUAAGGGAGAGGGGGAUGAAGAGUCUGAAAGGGAUAGUGGAAAGCGCAAUAACAACUGCAGAAAUCAGGCAACCCAAGAAGGGAGGGAAGGGAGCCUAAGCAAAGAGGGAACCAAACCUGCCCAUGGGGAGAAAGGCAGGCGAGCCGAGCGAGCGGACAAAGCCAGGAAAGGUAGCUCGGAUACGGCCCAUGGCAAGCUAAGCACUCCGAAGCGUUAUUCGCGAUCUGACAAGCGUCGGAACCGAUACCGCACCUGCAGUACCAGUUCAGCUGGGAGCAACAACAGCACAGAUGGAGUACGGGUGGAAGCAGAGGCGGGGAAGAGGCAUCAGGAGCUGAUAAAGGAAAGGCCUCAUCCUCGGAAGCAGCUCUCUACAUCCUCCACAGACUCCUUUGAUGACGACAGGACUGCGGAGGCAGAGGCACAUGGUCCCAGGAGGGACUCAGAGACCAAACGGUGCUCGGAGCACAGCUGGGCUUCCAGGACCACCAAUGGGAAGGAGACCAAAGGAGCCCAGCACGGUGACAGGGCCGUAAACAGGAAGUUCCUGUGUAUGACGGACGGGGACCAGCAAAAGCGCAAGCUGUCCGGAGCCAGUUUGAGUGACUCCACAGAGACUGGAGAGGGGAGGGGCAUGAGGAGGGAGCCCCCGGGGAGGGGCCGGGGCAUCCUAGUCCUCCCAGCUAACACGGACUUUACCUCUAGUAGUGCUGGCUCUCCAGAGGCUCCCCACACAGGGUCCAGGCUGCUCUUUGGAGGUGGGAGCAAAGGGACCCGGGGCAGGGGCCGAGGGGGCACUGCCCGCCGACUCUGGGACCCUAAUAACCCAGACCAGAAGCCAGCGCUGAAGAGUCAGACCACCCAGUUGCACUUCCUAGACACGGAUGACGAGGUGGCUCCUGUGCCUCGGAGUGACACCCGCCAGGCCCAGGCAUCCUACUACAGGUUCCAGAACUCGGAUAACCCCUACUACUAUGGGCGGCCCGUGGGCCAGGCCUCCUCCUACCCCUACCCAGGAUAUUCACUGCAGUAUCCAGUGGGUCCCAGCAACGGGGUUUUCCCAGGUGCCUAUUAUCCUGCUGGCUACCCGAACCAAGCCGAGCCUUAUCUCUGUAUCCCCCUCCUGGCCAGUCCUCUGAGCCCUGAGAUGGAGCAGCAGGUCCGGAGCCUACAGCAGCAGGAGCUCACGAAGGUCCUUCGUGAAGCCAGCAAUUUGGAGCAGCAGCUGAGCAAUCUCCUUUCUCGGGACCGGCUCAGUCCUGAGGGCCUGGAGAAGAUGGGGCAGCUCAGAGCUGAGAUGCUGCAGCUUUAUGAGCAUUGCCUCCUGACCGACAUUGAGUUUGCUGACACCCAGAACGUGGACCAGCUGCUGUGGAAGAAUGCCUUCUACCAGGUGAUCGAAAAGUUCCGGCAGCUACUCAAGGAUCCCCUUGCGGAGAACAGCCAGGAGCUCCGCAGCAAACUGCUCCAGAUCCUGGAUGAGGGCACACUUUUCUUCGAUGGCCUGCUGCAGAAGCUGCAAGUAUCAUACCAGUUCAAGUUGGAGGACUACAUGGACGGCAUGGCAGUUCGCAGCAAGCCCCUGCGGAAGAUGGUGAAAUACGCCCUCAUCAGCGCCCAGAGGAGCCUGAUCUGCCAAGGGGACAUCUGCAGGUACAGGGAGCAAGGCAGCGACACGGCCAACUACGGGAAAGCACGCAGCUGGUACCUGAAGGCACAGCAUGUUGCUCCCAAGAAUGGACGCCCCUACAAUCAGUUGGCUCUCCUGGCUGUCUACACGAGGAGGAAGCUGGAUGCCGUGUAUUACUACAUGCGUAGCCUGGCUGCCAGCAACCCCAUCCUCACUGCCAAGGAAAGCCUCAUGAGCCUCUUUGAAGAGAUCAAGCGGAAGGCUGAGCAGGUGGAACAGAAACCAAGCCCCAGCCGGAGGGGGAAGGGGAAGAACGCCGCAUUCCGGCCCGUUGGUGACGAUGCCACCCGCCUGGAGCUGUGGAUCCAUCCUUCCCACACUCGCUCCUCCCAGGGCCACGAGUCUGGCCGAGACUCUGAGCAAGACAACGGGCUUGGGAGCCUGAGCCCCAGCGAUCUGAACAAAAGGCUUGUCCUGAGUUUUCUACAUGCCCAUGGGAAGCUGUUUACCAGGAUUGGAAUGGAGACGUUCCCCACGGUGGCCGCGGAGGUUCUGAGCGAGUUCCAGGCCCUGCUGGAGCACAGCCCCCCACCCAUUGGAAGCACCCGCAUGCUCCAGCUCGUGGCAAUCAACAUGUUUGCUGUGUACAAUGCACAGCCCAAAGAGUGCCUCGCCGAAGACUGCCGCUCAGUGAUCCAGGAGCAGGCCACAGCUUUUGGACUCUCCAUGUUUGCCAUAUUAGUCAACCGCUGCACCAUCUUGCUACAGGAAGUCUCCCUCGCAGGGCAGCAGGGCGGCUCUGCCGAAGGUGACAUCAAAGUCUCCUCCUUGCCGCAGGACGUCAAGGAGCUUCUUCCCAGCAUCAAGGUCUGGUCGGAUUGGAUGCUCGGCCACUCAGACACCUGGAAUCCCCCGCCCAGUGCUCUGGAGCUGCCCAGAUCAGUCACAGUGGACGUGUGGGCAACACUGGCCAACUUCUGCAACAUCCUGACAGCCGUAAACCAGUCGGAAGUCCCCCUCUACAAGGACCCGGACGAGGACCUGGCCCUGCUCAGCCUGGAGGAGGAUCGGCUGCUCUCGGGUUUCGUCCCGCUGCUGGUCGCCCCUCAAGAGCCCUGCUACGUGGAGAAAUCCUCGGACAAGGUUAUUGCGGCCGACUGCAAGAGGGUCACGGUGCUGAAGUAUUUCCUGGAAGCCCUUUGUGGCCAAGAAGAGCCAUUGCUGGCAUUCAAGGGUGGAAAGUAUGUGUCAGUGGCCCCCGUCCCAGACGCCAUGGGAAAGGAAAUGGCAAGCCAAGAGGGAAAACAACUGCAAGAUCAGGAGGAGGAUGUCAGGAUCGAGGCCUUUGAAGACGACUCGGAGACCGAAGGCAGUGGUGGAGAGCUGGACAUCAGGGAACUCCGGGCGAGGAAGCAAGCAUUGUCCAGGAAGGUUGCCGAGCAGCAGCGCCGCCAAGACAAGAUCCAGGCGGUGCUGAAGGACCAAGCACAGGUGAGGCAGAUGGAACUGGAGAUCCGCCCCGUCUUCCUGGUGCCGGACACCAACGGUUUCAUUGACCACCUGGACGGUCUCACCAAACUUUUGGACUGCCGGCAGUUCAUCAUAGUGGUGCCCCUGAUUGUAAUAAAUGAAUUGGAUGGGCUGGCCAAGGGCCCCGAGUCAGAGAACCGGGCUGGAGGCUACGCACGGCUGCUGCAGGAGCGGGCCCGCAAGGCCGUGGAGUUCCUGGCGGCACGCUUUGAACAACGGGACAGCUACAUGCGAGCCCUCACCAGCCGGGGCAACGAGCUGGAAUCCAUCUCCUUCCGCAGCGAGGACAUUUCGAGGCAGCAGGGUAACAACGAUGACCUGAUCCUCUCCUGCUGCCUCCACUACUGCAACGACAAGGCCAAGGACUUCAUGCCAGCGAACAAAGAUGACCCGAUCCGGCUGCUUCGGGAGGUGGUGCUGCUGACGGAUGACCGGAACCUGCGCGUGAAGGCGCUGACCCGCAACGUGCCCGUGAGAGACAUCCCCACUUUCCUGAGGUGGGCGCAGGAGGGCUGAACAGGCCGAGGCCAUCCCCGGAUGUCACGCAGCUCUUUGCCUCCAGGAAGGGCGGCCUUGAGGCGGGCGGCCACGGGCUGAGCCCGCAGCAGCCGCACCAGAACAAUAAAUGCAGCCUCUCCAACCCCACCCGGAAUGGCCGUGCUGUGGGUGCAAGAGGAGGAGAGAGAGAGAGAGAGAGGUGCACGCUGGGAAGGUUGGGGGCUAGAACCCUUAGGAUUGUUGGGCCUUUGGAUGGGGAGGAACGUGCCCCAAGAGAGGCCCCGGGGGGGGAGGGGAGAAAGUCCCUUAGAUCCUCCCUCUGAAAGGCCAAAGCGAGGCCACCAAGUGUGGAGGUUUUGAACUGUUUCCGUUGGGCCCAAUCCACCUUCCCUCCUUAACAGCAGUGCCCGGUCACCGUGUCAGCGCAGCCCCCCUUUUGACACCUC